AUGAUGAAGAAUGGGAUUUUGCUGGUAAGAUUUACUUUUGAGGAAGGUAAAGAUGAGGUGCUGCAUGGUGAGAUUUAUCAUUUUGAUAACAAGCCACUAAUAGUGAAGGAAUGGGUGCCUGAGAUAGAUUUUUCGAAAGAAGAAUUGUAUUCUGUUCUUAUAUGGGUUAAACUACCAGGUCUGGAGUUCAAAUAUUGGAGUGCAAAGAGCUUGAGUAAGAUAGAUAGUUUAAUAGGGAAGCCGCUAAUGGUAGAUAAGAAUACGGAGCAGAAGAUUGGCCUUAGCUUUGCAAAAUCGUUGAUUGAAGUCCAAAUCGAAAGAGCUCUGUCUGAGGUAAUACAGUUCAAGAAUGAGAAAGGGAAAAUUCUAGAACAACAAGUGAAUUACGACUGGAAGCCUAAUCUAUGUGAUGUAUGCCAUAAAUAUGGGCAUACUGCUUCUGAAUGCAGGAAGAAUAAAGCUAAGAAACCAAAUGGGAUUGGCCUGAAUGGCCUCAACAAGCAGAAGGAGGUGAAGCUACUCUGUAGCAAGUUAGAAGUAGGUUUGAUAUGUUUUCUGGAAACUAAAAUAAAGGUUGCUAAGCUAAGUGAUAUAGCUGAUAGGAUGUUUAGUGUCAGGUACAUUCCGCUUCAAUUGAAAUUUGAGGUUACAUUCGUUUAUGCAUUUAAUUUGAAAGAAGAUAGAAUUAAGUUGUGGAAUUACUUGAGGAGAAUACAACCAAUGUGCACUAAAGCAUGGAUGGUUCUAGGAGAUUUUAAUGUUGUUUUACGCAAAGAGGACAGACUUGGGGGAAAUGCAGUAACACUUGCAGAGGUGACUGAAUUUCAAAGUUGUAUUGAAGAUUGUCUUCUUGAAAAAAUGCCUGGAAAUGAAGGCAGAUAUACUUGGAGUGACAGGCAGCAAAACAAUAAGAUUUUCUCAAAAAUUGAUUCGGUAUUUGUAAAUGUAGAAUGGAUAGAUAAAAUGCCUGAGAUUCAAAGUUACUCACUGCCUGAGGGAGUAAGUGACCAUUUCACUAUUUUGAUUAAAAUGCAACAAGUGGAGAAGAAGAAAAAACCAACUUUUAAAUAUUGUAACAUCUGGAGUUCGCACCAAUCAUUCGAAGAAGUAGUUAGAGAAGUAUGA